AUGAGCGUGCUCUCAUUAGAGCCGCUAAUUCGGCGAUUCUUUGAAGCCUGGGGACCUAUAUCAUAUCGAUUCCGGUGGCCCUUAUUCAUUCUUCCACUUUUCCUUACAGUCGGCCUUUCAUUCGGAUUCCUGCGGUUGUCCACAUUGCGGGUCGACGAUCCAGCCUACGUAUUCACACCAUCUGACGCACGGUGGCGUAAGGAACUCAAAUCCUUCUCAGAAAAUUGGCCUUUGAAUGAGAAUAAGUUCCUUCCUGGGAAGUCUUUUGAGACAAAAAGAUUUGUGAAUGUCUUGAUUCGAGCUCGUGACGGUGGUUCGAUACUAAGGGAGGAAGUGCUAAAGGAGAUCCAGGUUCUGAACCGCUGGAUAUCUAACAACAUAAGCGUUCCCACUGAUGAUGGGCGCUUCAACCUGACUUAUCAGGACCUCUGUCUCAGCUAUGACUGGGUCUGUGGUGGGAAUGAACACAUUGAGAUGCUGCUCGAAAGAAAUAGAAUUGGCCACUUUCUUGACCUCUCCUACCCUCGAGGAGGGAACAAAGAUACUCCAGUCUAUCUUGGAACAAUUUUUGGAGAUGUUGAAGUAUUUCGAGAGAACAACACUGUCAAAAGUGCUAAAAUCACGCAACUGUUUUACUUUCUGAAACAAGAGCAAUCCAUCGUUCGACGCUAUUCCUCGGAUUUCUCCUACGCCGUGGAGAGAUUCUUUCUGCACUACUACAAAUCAAACUUGAUUUCGGUCUCCUUCGCACAUUACCAGUCGCUUCAGGACGGUCUCGGAGAGAAUGCUGAGCGUUUCACCCCAAACUUUGUGGUCAGCUUCACGACAUUAUCAAUAUAUGCUCUUGUCAGUGCAUUCUGUUUUAAAUCAAAGCCUCAUCGAGGUAUUGACUGGAUUCGUAGUAAGCCGUGGUUGGCAUGCGCAGGUGAG